CCCGCCCGCCAGGGGGCGCUGCGGGGCCCCGGCCUCGCUCCCGCCCCUCUCUGGCGCGGCCGUACCGGCGCCGCGCCGGUGCCGCGGUGCAUUGUGGGGCGGAGGAAUGGCGGCGCUGGGAGCGGGGCGGGCGGCGGCCGCGGGGCUCCUGCGCACCCCGAGCCUCGGGCUGUGGAGGGGCCUCCGCGUGCCCCCCGCGCUGCAGCAGAUCCCGCAGGCCAAGUCAGAGCAUGCCAAGGCCGAGGGCACGUUCCAGGUGACGAUGCUGCCGGGGGACGGGGUGGGCCCCGAGCUCAUGCACGCGGUCAAGGAGGUGUUCAAGGCCGCCAGCGUGCCGGUGGUGUUCGACGAGCACUACCUGAGCGAGGUGCAGAACAUGGCCUCGGAGGAGAAGCUGGACGAGGUCAUCGACUCCAUGAAGGAGAGUAAAGUGGCCAUCAUAGGGAAGAUCCACACCCCCAUGGAGUACAAGGGGGAGCUGGCCUCCUACGACAUGAGGCUCAGGCGCAAGCUGGACCUCUUUGCCAACGUGGUGCACGUGAAGAGCCUCUCUGGGUACCAGACGCGCCACAACAACCUGGACCUGGUCAUCAUCCGGGAGCAGACGGAGGGCGAGUACAGUGCCCUGGAGCACGAGAGCGUGAGGGGCGUCAUCGAGUGCCUGAAGAUCAUCACCCGCGCCAAGUCCCAGCGCAUCGCCAAGUUCGCCUUCGACUACGCCACCAAGAAAGGGCGCUCCAAGGUCACGGCCGUGCACAAGGCCAACAUCAUGAAGCUGGGCGAUGGGCUCUUCCUGCAGUGCUGCAGGGAGGUGGCGGAGCUCUACCCCAAGAUCAAGUUUGACACCAUCAUCAUCGACAACUGCUGCAUGCAGCUGGUGCAGAACCCGUACCAGUUCGACGUCCUGGUCAUGCCCAACCUCUACGGCAACAUCGUGGACAACCUGGCAGCGGGGCUGGUGGGGGGCGCCGGCGUCGUGCCCGGCGAGAGCUACAGCGCCGAGUACGCCGUGUUCGAGAUGGGCGCCCGGCACCCCUUCGCCCAGGCCGUGGGCAGGAACAUCGCCAACCCCACCGCGAUGCUGCUGUCGGCCGCCAACAUGCUGCGGCACCUCAACCUGGAAUUCCACUCCAACUUGAUCUCGGACGCGGUGAAGAAGGUGAUCAAAGGCGGCAAAGUUCGGACGCGGGACCUGGGCGGUUACUCCACAACUUCUGACUUCGUCAAGUCUGUGAUUGACAACCUGCACCCCCACUAUGGGGCAUAGGAGCGCCCCACUGCCCCCCCCCCCCCCGGGACCCACUGCACCCACAGCAGCACCCACGGCAGCACCCACAGCGCACAGCAUGGCCCUGCCUGGCACAGCUCGUCCUGCCCACGGCUCCUCUGCCCCUCAGCAGGAGGGUGGUGGCAGCUUCCCUCUGCUGAUGGGGUGAUGGGCAGCACCCCAAGCUCACAGGGACCCCCCAAGCUCAGGGAUCCCCCAAACCCACAGGACCCCCCCCAAGCUCACAGGGACCGCCCAAGCUCACAGGGACCCCCCAAGCCCACAGGGACCCCCUCACACUCGCAGGGACCCCCCAAGCUCACAGGGACCCCCCCAAGCCCACAGGGACCCCCCAAGGACCACAGUUGCUGUGGGCGCCCCCUCCCGCCUGCAGCAGCUUCAGCACUAAGUGGGACCAGGGGGCACAGAGCCCGUCCCCCCCCUAUUCCAGCCCAUUCCCGUGGGAGCCGUGGCUGUUCCCGGGCAGUGCCCAGCUUGGGAAGCAGCCCCGGGCUGGGGGGGCAGAGCAGCCCCUCCCGGCACCGGAGCAUCCCCAUGAGCUGCAGAUUCCCCCCACGGAGCCGAGGGGCAGGAGCCGGCGCUUGCCCCAGCUGGGGCAGUGGGACCACGGCGGCUGAGCCCUGCACGUGUGUGUCUGUGUGUGCACAUGUGUGUGUACGUGUGUCUGUGCACACGCGUGUGCAGGAGCAUGCGGGCCGUGCGCUUGCUGCUGCGCUGUGUACUCGUGUCUGCAAAUAAAGGGUGCAAAGCCCCCCCCA